AUGAUUGAGCUCGGUCUUAGUCGCAUAGUCCGCCUUCUCCAGCAGACGCCGCUGACUUGGAAGGCAAUCCAUAUUGCUGGCACCAAUGGCAAAGGGUCCAUCAGCGCUUAUCUCUCCCACCUGUUGUCGACGGGUGGUGUUCGCUGUGGCCGUUUCACCUCCCCGCAUCUGAUUGAUCGUUGGGACUGCAUCACUAUCGGCGAGAAAGUCGUUCAAGAGUCACUCUUCCGGCAGAUCGAAGCUAGAGUCAAGCUUCGAGAUCAGACGCUGGGAAUCGGUGCGAGCGAGUUUGAGCUACUGACUGCAACUGCAUUCGAGAUAUUCAAUCAUGAGCGCGUUGACAUUGGGGUGGUGGAGGUGGGCAUGGGCGGUCGCCUGGACGCAACGAACAUCCUGACCGACGUCUUGGUCUCGGUCAUCGCGAAGAUAGGCCUGGACCAUCAGUUCCUCCUCGGCGAUACUAUCGAAGAAAUCGCAAGGGAAAAGGCUGGAAUCAUGAAAUCAGGUGUUCCAUGUGUUGUAGAUGGUACCAAUUCGCCUGAAGUGCUCCGAACCCUCGAAGACCACAUCAAGGAACUUGGCAUCGACGCGAUCUUCACACGCCCCGAUACUCCAGAGUAUCACUCCCCAUCGCUCGGUCGGCUCUUUGCUACACUCGAUCUCCUACCUCACCAGCGAGCGAACAUGUCCUGUGCGGUUUCGGCCUUGAAACUUGCCCUGUCUCGAUUUCGUCCCGACAUCGACGUCGAUGUGCUCGUUCCACAACUGUCAAAAGUCGAGUGGCCGGCGCGCCUACAAAAACUUGUUCUGAAACCAUUGGCAGAUCGUGAAGAGCCUGUUCUGCUGGAUGGUGCCCACAAUACUCAGUCGGCGGAGGUUCUCGGAGAGUAUGUGGAUUACAGACUUCGUCCGCAAGGUACGAACGUCACCUGGGUCAUCGCGGCCUCCCGCGGUAAGGAUAUAGAAUCCUUGUUUCAUUCUAUAAUCAAGGCGGGCGAUCGAGUCGCGAUCACCGCAUUCGGACCCGUGGAUGGCAUGCCCUGGGUCAAGGCCAAUGAUCCAGAAGAGGUGGCUUCAUGUGUCCGAUCAAUCGCGGGUAUUGGACAAGUGCAAACCUUUGGGGAAGACAUCUCCGGCGCUAUCCAUUGGGCUUGUGAACAAGCUAGUGGCGGCCCAUUGGUCAUUGCUGGCAGCCUCUACCUGGCGUCGGAUGUUCUACGUCUUCUCCGGGAAGCACAAAAGCAAUUAUAA